AGCAUCAGUAUGUUCGCUUUUCUCUGCGAUGCAAAUGUGGGAAGCGAACAUGGUCCGUGUGUUUCGCUUCCACAACAGUAGGCGGUUUUAGCAGGCGAAUUUUGUUCUGCGAGUGUUUAUUGAAAGUUUAAACUGCAUAAUUGGCUUCGUUGUAAGACAAAGGGGCGAUGGAGUACUGGAGGCAGUGCGCGGUGUGGCUGAUCAGUUGUAGGGUUCUGCCACCGAACCAUCGGGUGACAUGGGAUUCUGCCCAGGUGUUCGAUCUUGCCCAGACACUUCGGGAUGGGGUCCUGUUGUGCCAGCUUCUGAACAACCUGCGACCGCAGUCUAUCAAUCUGAAGGAGAUCAACCUCCGACCACAGAUGUCACAGUUUCUCUGCCUGAAGAACAUUCGGACUUUCCUAAAUGCAUGCUGUGACAUUUUCGGCAUGAAGAAGAGUGAACUGUUCGAGGCGUUCGACCUGUUUGAUGUCCGCGAUUUUGGGAAGGUGGUGGAUACCUUAUCUAAACUCUCACACUCCCCGAUUGCACAACAGAAAGGAAUAAGGCCAUUUCCCACAGAGGAGAGUUUGGAAGAUGAAGAUAUUUAUAACCACCUGGAAGACCUGAUAGAUAAGGAGGUGGAGGAUGAGGAGGACCUGUACGACUGUGUGUAUGGCGAUGAUGAAGGUGGAGAGGUGUAUGAGGACCUGAUGAAGACGGAAGUCAUACCCCAGCCUAAGCAAACUGAGACUGACAUUCGAAGCUGCUGCGUGGCAGAAAUCAGACUCACAGAGGAGAAGUACACAGAAACCCUGGAGUCCAUAGAGAAGUACUUCAUGACCCCCCUCAGGAAGUUUUUGUCGGCGGCGGAAAUCGAUAGAGUCUUCAUCAACAUUCCAGACCUGGUGAAAGUACACAAAAGCCUAAUGCAUGACAUUCAAGACUCUGUCCUCAACAAAAACGGCCAGAACCUCUAUCAGAUUUUCAUAACUUACAAAGAAAGACUACUCAUUUAUGGAAUAUACUGCAGUCAGGUUGAAAUUGCCAUUGCUGUUUUGGACUAUAUUUGCAAAGAGAAAGAGGAUGUUCGUCUGAAACUAGAGGAAUGUUCAAAGAGGGCAAACAACGGAAAGUUUACAUUAAGAGAUCUCCUCGUGGUCCCGAUGCAAAGAGUGUUAAAAUACCAUCUGCUUCUACAGGAAUUAGUCAAGCACACCCAUGACGACACCGACAAGAGCAAUUUGCGGAUGGCGCUGGACGCCAUGAAGGACCUGGCUCAGUACGUUAAUGAGGUGAAGAGGGAUAAUGAGACGCUGCGGGAGAUCGAUCAGUAUCAGAAAUCCAUCGAAAACUUGAAUCAUUCUCUGCGGAACUACGGCAGACCCAAAGGCGACGGGGAGGUGCGGGUGGCCACGGUCGAUAAACGGGCAAAACAAGACCGGCACAUCUUCCUAUUCGAUGUUGCCGUGAUCGUCUGCAAGAGGCGCGGCGACAACUACGAGAUGAAGGAAGUGAUCGACCUCAACCAUUUCAAAAUCACCAACAACCCCACGACGGACAAGGAGAGCAGGAAGUGGUCCUACGGAUUCUACCUCACCCACAACCAGGGGCAGACUGGCUUUGAAUUCUUCUUCAAGACCAGAGAGAUGAAGAAGAAGUGGAUGGAGCAGUUCAGCAUGGCUCUGUCCAACAUCCGCCCAGAGAAUGCCUACAGCAACUUCCACGAGUUCCGAAUGCACACCUUUGAAAAGACCACCUCCUGCAGCUUCUGCCACAUGCUCUUGAGGGGGAUUUUCAAUCAGGGAUACCUGUGUCCAAAAUGUGGGGCAGGGGCCCACAAAGAGUGCCUGGGCAGGUUUGCCUCCUGUGGGAAGGCUAAUCAAGAUCCCAGCCCGCAGCAGAAACCACAGAAAGGGUUUGUAGCAAGAAGACGGAUCGAUCCAGGACUGCCAAAGAUGCUGGCGAUCCGCGACUACUGUGGCGUCCCGAGUCCCUCCUGUGGCCCGCCACUGAAUAUUCAGACCGGUGAUGUCAUCGAGCUCAUCUGUGCUGAUGUACGCUCCUCCUGGUGGCAGGGCAAAAUCCUGGCAACGAGAGAAAUUGGCUUCUUUCCCAAUGACGCAGUGAAGCCAUGCCCGUGCGUCCCGAAGCCGGUUGACUACUCUGCCCAGCUGUGGUUUGCUGGACCCAUGGAGAGGACCCAGGCGGAGGCCGAGCUGAUGGACAGGGAGAGCAGCACCUACCUGGUCAGGCAUCGGAGUAAGGAAUGCACAGAGUAUGCCAUCAGUAUAAAGUUUAACAAUGAAGUGAAGCACAUCAAGAUUUUGACCAAGGAGGGCCUCUUCUAUAUCUCUGAGGGCAAAAAGUUCAAAAGCAUAUUAGAGCUGGUGGAGUACUACAAGCAUCACUCUUUGAAGGAGGGCUUCCGAAACCUGGACACCAUGCUGCUGUUUCCAUUCAAGGUGCCAGAAAAUUCCAGCACGCACAGAACCAACGGACCCAGAGGAAACGCUGCUUUGCUCUGCGGGCUUUCUCUUGUGUCUCCUGCCAGCCACAGCUUUGUGCCUCCUUCCUCCACUCCUUUCUGGUCAGUGUUCACUCCCAAAGUGAUGGGCAUCGCCAUCGCCCGGUACGACUUCAGCUCCAGGGACAUGCGCGAGCUGUCUCUGAUGGAGGGGGACGUGGUGAAGAUCUACAGCAAGACGGGCGCCAAUGGCUGGUGGAAAGGCGAGGUCAAUGGCAGGGUGGGCUGGUUCCCAUCCACAUACGUCGAAGAAGAGGAAUGACCAAGGAGGCUGACUAUUGUUCCAAAUGGGAUUGACACCACGGAAACGCCAUAUUUCAGGCUCGGACAGCCAAAAACACUCUCUGUGCCUGUCUCUCUAGCCCUGCCUCCGAAACUCCAGGAGCUUUCUGCCAGUUACAAUUACAAAUGACCAACCAGCCUGGAGCUUUACAAGGGAGACCAUGGCUACCGGUCAGCCAGUCUGGACUGGCUUAGAGCUUAGAGCGUCCUCCUGGAGGAGACACUCAAACCCAGAUGACCUCAUUCCCUUCGUCACUCAGCCCUGCCCAUUUAUGCUGGAAGAUCCACCUCUGUUGAGUUCACCAUGCCCCCCUCCACCCAGCCACCCACAGACAGAACUUUCAGGGACUAAGUCAUAAUAGGGAAAAAGUCCCAGUGUUGUUUUUUUUCUGUUCCACCUCACACCUUCCUCUGUCCUGACCGACCUGCGUGUCCUACUUAGCUGAGGUAUUAUUGAUGGCAGUGCCUGCUGCCUGGUCUCUCCACCCGAAGUCUGUGGGAGCUGGGACACCAUCAACGCUAUGCCAUGUGACAUACCCCCCCUGUCCCCAACCCACCAUCAGUGCAGAUCAAAGUCAGCGCCCCGGAUCCACUGGCG